CCGCCCCCGUCCCCGCCGUCCCCUCCGCGGCCGCGCGCUCCUCCCGGUUCCCGCCGCGGUCGCCGCUGCUCCUCCUCUCCCGGGCGUCGCGGCCGCUGCCUCUGCGGACUGUAUGAGGAGGAGGAGGAGGAUGUGAAGAUGGCGGAGCUGCAGAUGCUGCUGGAAGAGGAAAUCCCGGGGGGCCGCCGGGCCCUGUUCGAUAGCUACACGAAUCUGGAGCGGGUGGCCGACUACUGCGAGAACAACUACAUCCAGUCAUCAGAUAAGCAGCGAGCCCUAGAAGAAACCAAAGCCUACACAACCCAAUCCUUAGCAAGUGUUGCGUAUCUGAUAAACACCUUGGCCAACAAUGUCCUACAGAUGCUGGAUAUCCAGGCAUCCCAAUUACGGAGGAUGGAAUCUUCAAUCAAUCAUAUUUCACAAACAGUUGAUAUUCAUAAAGAGAAAGUUGCAAGAAGAGAAAUUGGUAUUUUGACUACCAAUAAAAAUACUUCAAGAACCCAUAAGAUUAUUGCACCAGCUAACCUUGAGCGACCAGUUCGUUAUAUUCGAAAACCUAUUGACUAUACAAUUCUAGAUGACAUUGGACAUGGGGUAAAGUGGUUGCUUAGAUUUAAGGUGAGCACACAGAGUAUGAAGAUGGGUGGGCUGCCACGUACAACACCUCCUACUCAGAAGCCCCCGAGUCCCCCCAUGUCAGGAAAAGGGACACUUGGGCGGCACUCCCCCUAUCGCACACUGGAGCCAGUGCGUCCUCCAGUGGUACCCAAUGAUUACGUACCUAGCCCAACCCGUAAUAUGGCUCCCUCGCAGCAGAGCCCUGUGAGGACAGCUUCUGUGAAUCAAAGAAAUCGAACUUACAGCAGCAGUGGGAGCAGUGGAGGAAGCCACCCAAGUAGUCGGAGCAGCAGUCGGGAGAACAGUGGAAGUGGGAGUGUGGGGGUUCCUAUUGCUGUUCCCACUCCCUCUCCUCCCAGCGUCUUUCCAGCCCCUGCUGGCUCUGCUGUCACCCCUCCUCUUCCUGCUACUUCUGCACCUGUCCCUACCCCUCUUGUUCCUGCUCCUGUCCCAUCCUCCACUGCCCCAGAUGUUGCUGCUGGGGGCGCACAGACCCUUGCUGAUGGCUUCACUUCUCCAACUCCCCCUGUUAUUUCUUCCAAUCCCCCCACAGGUCAUCCCGUUCAGUUCUACAGCAUGAAUAGGCCUGCCUCUCGCCAUACGCCACCAACAAUUGGGGGCUCAUUGCCCUAUAGACGGCCUCCUUCCAUAACUUCACAGGCGAGCCUUCAGAGUCAGAUGAAUGGAGGGCCUUUUUAUAACCAGAAUCCAGUAUCUCUUGCUCCUCCUCCUCCUUCCAUCCUACAGGUAACUCCUCAGUUACCUUUAAUGGGAUUUGUGGCCAGAGUCCAAGAAAAUAUUUCAGAUACACCCCCCCCACCCCCGCCUGUGGAAGAGCCGGUCUUUGAUGAGUCCCCCCCUCCACCGCCACCUCCAGAAGAUUAUGAGGAGGAGGAAGCAGCUGUGGUUGAGUACAGUGAUCCUUAUGCUGAAGAGGACCCACCGUGGGCUCCAAGGUCUUACUUGGAAAAGGUUGUGGCAAUUUAUGAUUAUACAAAAGACAAGGAAGAUGAGCUGUCCUUUCAGGAAGGAGCCAUUAUUUAUGUCAUCAAGAAGAACGACGAUGGCUGGUAUGAGGGCGUUAUGAAUGGAGUGACUGGGCUCUUCCCCGGGAAUUACGUUGAGUCCAUCAUGCAUUACUCAGAGUGAAGCUCAGCACAGCUGUGCGUCCUCUCAGUCAGGUCUUCCCAGAUGAGCUAGAGGCCCUGGGAAUUUCCUCCCAGUGAAACAAGUGAAGCAUACAAAUGAUGGAGUUAUUUCUUUUUUUCUAUGUUUUGGUUCAUCCCCUAGUAUUAAAAACAAAAAAAUCAAAUUUGAGUCUGAACAAA